AUGAAUUCUCUGCGUAACCUUGACUAUCCCCUGCAGAACCUUAGCAGCAACCAACUGUUCAAACAAUCGAGAUUCUAUACAACAUGGUCUGAUAACAACGACAAUGUUGAACUCACUCAUAGUUCAAUACUAGAUGGAGCUGGAGUUGUAGAUGGUGCUGGAGAUUGGUUGACAACAUUGACAUUUGGUCAAAACUUCAAUCAAACAUUGAUACCAGGUACAUUGCCAGAGUCUAUAACUAAUCUAUCAUUUGGAUGGAACUUUGAUAAGAACAUAACUGUCGGCGUGUUGCCGCCUGCCUUGGACAGUCUAUAUCUUGGUCACGUUUAUAGAAGAAAGAUCGAACCUGGUGCCCUGCCAGCUACUCUAAAGACACUCCGCUUCUACAGGGUCUUUGAGUACGGGUCACCAUCAUACCCACCUGCAACAACAAAUGAAGUCGAUCCCUUGCCUCAGUUACCGCCCUCACUCACUCUCUUGGUAUUGAACAAGUACUUCAACAGACCGAUUGAGCUUGGAUACCUCCCAGAGUCGAUCACACAUCUCGAGUUUGGCGACAACUUCAACUAUCCGAUACCAGGUGGUGCCCUGCCCACGUCCCUCAAGAAGAUAUCAUUUGGACAAUACCAUGCAUCGCCAUUCGUUCUCCCUCAUGGCCUAGCCGAACUCAUAUUCUUUGCAAACUACACUACACAGGGAACCAAGCAUGUCCUGUCGUCCUUCCAGGCACUGCCAACCAAUCUCACCGACAUGAACUUCUACGGCAAGAACCCAUAUUUUGAAGUUGGAUGGCUGCCUCAGUCACUGCGUUCACUUCACAUCCAGAGUGUUAUUGACCCGAGAGCCUUUCCCUCUUCACUGACAUCACUUCGUCUUGGAUAUUCGCCACGCGAGGGAUUCACACUACCGUCAUCCCUUACAAGGCUAUCAUUCGGAACAAUUGUCGACCGGCCAAUACCACCUGGAGUCUUGCCACCAGGGCUUAAGUUUCUGGAUCUCGGAUGGGACUACAGCAUCAAACAUAGUAUUGGCCAAGGUUUUCUGCCCAGUGCGCUACUGAGUCUUUCCCUGGAUGACUGUAGCGUGCCAUGCACCAGCUAUCCACCAACAAAAGACGUUGACGAUGACAUUUAUCAUGACGAUAAUGCACCGAUUGAGUGCGACUUUCUUCCAAACUCAAUCACCGAGCUCACAUUUGGCAACAUUUUCAAUCAACCGAUCAUCCCUGGAUCACUGCCGCCAUCGAUAAUAUCCUUGGGGUUUGGCUCAAGCUUCAAUCAACCAAUCACGGGCCUGUUGCCCAUUUCUGUCACCAGCCUUCAGUUUGGCGCAUACUUCCAACAAGCGAUCGACUGCUCAUACCUAAUCAACCUCCAGACAUUGAGCAUGCUCCAUAUUGAUCAAUUGCAAUUGAUCAAGAAUUGUCAUCCACACUUGGAAGUAGACCUUUGGUAUCUAUUGGAUGAUUCAAUUUAUGAUGGUGAUCUACAGGCAAUGGCAGACGAUGAUAAGAUAGUCUAUCAACGAAUGCGAUCAAUUCAUGUGGAUCACAUGAACGAGUUUGUAUACAAAGGUUGGACGAUACCUCAUCACUCUUUUUAA